AUGGGCUGUUCAAUAUCGUCAAAAAAAAUCAAAUCAAAGGUCUUGAAUGAAGAGGAGUCAGAAACUUGUUAUAAAAGCAACACUAAACAUCUUGGAUCCCCUUUUAGAGAAACCAGAGAAAAUUUUACCAGCUUGCGAUCUUUAAAUUAUAAGGUCCAAGGAGUUCAUUACAAAAUUGUUGUAAGCUUUAAAGCUACACCUAAUCAAUCUAUUUCUGCAGAGUAG